CUCUGUGGCAAACUGCGAUGGACGAUCUGAGCUAGAUUUGUUGUUUUCUGAACCCACUUCUGACUCGUAAACACAACUCUGAAAACAAAUUCCUGGGCUGAUAACCUCGAGGAAGGUGUCCUCUUCCACAUUUGGCACGUGACGCCUUUUCACUGAGGAGUCAACACACUCUCCCUCUUCUACAGUGUCCUUCACACGGCUCAAGAUAGAAAUAAGUCUCAUGACUAAUCUCUUCUGAGGAGUUAUGAUGGUUUUUAUUAUAAAGAUGUUGUAACUGCUUUUGGCCGCACAGCAAUAACUGGAAAGCACCAUGGAUCCAUGCAGUAAAGCCUCAAGAGUCACUGACUGGACUGUCUGGUACAGGACGAGGAAAUGUUAGUUGCCACAUAAACUGGGUGUGACCUCAGGUGAGACUUUGCUUUCUGCCAGGCUCUUUUUGUUCCCAUAGUUUUGGCCAGUGCGCGGUGCAGAGAUGGCCCUCUACACGUCGGUCAGUUGUUGAGGUGGACACUUCACAGGUGGAGACAGUAGGUCAUGACACAGUGCCUGACAGAAUGCAAAGCGCUGGUGACUCCAUCCACGCGCAAUGGCCACCGUGUGUUCAGCUACACCCUGGAGUCCCACACGGCGGUCGCCUUCGGGAUCAUGAACGAGCUGCGCCUGGAGCGGCAGCUGUGCGACGUCACUUUGAGAGUGCGCUACAAAGACCUGGAGGCUGUGGACUUUGUGGCUCAUAAAGUGGUGCUGGCUUCAUCUUCUCCGGUGUUCAGGGCCAUGUUCACCAACGGUCUGAAGGAGUGCGGCAUGGAGGUGGUUCCCAUCGAAGGCAUCCAUCCGAAGGUCAUGGAUCGCCUCAUUGAGUUCGCCUACACCGCCAGCAUCUCCGUUGGGGAAAAGUGUGUGAUCCAUGUUAUGAAUGGGGCUGUGAUGUACCAGAUCGACUGUGUGGUCAAGGCCUGCUGUGAUUUCCUGGUCCAGCAACUUGAUCCCAGUAAUGCUAUCGGCAUCGCUAACUUUGCAGAACAGAUCGGCUGCACGGAGCUUCACCAGAAAGCCCGCGAAUACAUCUAUCUGAACUUCAGUCAGGUUGCGACACAGGAAGAAUUUUUCAACUUGUCCCACUGCCAGCUGGUCAACCUCAUCAGCCGGGAUGAGCUGAACGUGCGCUGUGAGUCUGAGGUCUUUCAUGCCUGCGUGGCGUGGGUUCGCUACGACCGUGAAAACCGGAAACCGUAUGUCCAGGCCUUGCUUCAGGCGGUCCGCUGUCACUCGCUCACCCCGAACUUCCUGAAGACCCAGCUACAGUCUCUGGAGUGGGAUCCAGAGUGCAAAGACUACCUAGCUCAGAUUUUUCAGGACCUCACCCUCCACAAACCCACCAAAGUAAUUCCCUGCCGUACGCCGAAGGUUCCCCAGCUGAUCUACAGUGCGGGGGGCUACUUCCGCCAGUCCCUGAGUGACCUGGAGGCGUAUAACCCCUGUACUAGAGCGUGGCUGAGGCUGGCCGACCUCCAGGUCCCUCGCAGUGGUCUGGCCGCCUGUGUCAUCAGUGGGCUUUUCUACGCCGUGGGAGGAAGGAACAACGCCCCCGACGGAAACAUGGACUCGAAUGCACUGGACUGCUACAACCCCAUGAAUAACUGCUGGCUCCCCUGUGCGCCUAUGAGCGUCCCACGGAACAGAAUCGGAGUUGGAGUCAUCGAUGGCAUGCUGUAUGCAGUGGGUGGAUCACAUGGAUGUAUUCAUCACAACAGUGUUGAAAGAUAUGACCCAGAGAAGGAUGAGUGGCAGCUGGUGGCCCCCAUGUUGACCCGUCGUAUUGGCGUCGGCGUGGCCGUCAUUAACAGGCUGCUUUAUGCUGUCGGGGGGUUUGAUGGAGCAAAUCGCCUCAGUUCCUGUGAGUGCUACAACCCGGAGAGGGACGAGUGGAAGUCUAUGUCCUCAAUGAACACCGUUCGCUCUGGGGCUGGUGUGUGUGCUCUUGGAAAUCACAUUUUUGUGAUGGGAGGUUAUGAUGGCACCAAUCAGCUGAACACAGUGGAAUGCUACGACGUGGAAACUGACACAUGGAGCUUUGCUGCCUCCAUGAGGCACAGACGCAGUGCUCUGGGAGUCACUGCUCUACAUGGGCGCAUCUAUGUGCUGGGAGGUUAUGAUGGCAACACUUUUCUGGACAGUGUGGAGUGUUACGACCCUGAGAGUGACACAUGGGCAGAGGUCACACACAUGACGUCGGGCCGCAGCGGUGUGGGCGUGGCUGUUACCAUGGAGCCCUGCCCGAAGGGUCUGUCUCUGAAUCAAGCGUCGGACGGGGAAUGUGGAGGCUCGUCUCACACCGACCACUCGGACCACUCCAGUCACGGGUCCCACCAGCGGACACACAGACACUCAUGAGGCUCCAAAACUCAAUGUUCAGCAUCAAAACAUCUGUUUAGAAAAGUCAUUUGGUCGUGUUUUUAUUUUGAACUUUGUGUUUUGUCCUAAUAAGACAAAUGUAUAAACUGCUCUGACGUGUCUCUUAUCAGCAGCUGGUAAGUGACCUCCUACCCAAACAUGUCAGGUAAAUAAGCUGUUUAGCUUUUUAUAAUUACUACUACUACAACACCUGACUUAUUAGAAGAAAACACAAACUUCAAACAUGAUUUAAAACUCGACAUUAUUGCCUCAGUAGUUUGUAAAAGUUCUGUCUUAUUGCAGGGGUCCCAAACCAGUGACCGCGAGUCAUCCAGUAAAUAUGUAUUUUUAAAAUAUAUUUUCUUGUAUUGUCUACACUAUUCCCAGUGUUUUACCUGUGAAAGUGAAUUGGUAAACGGCUAAUAUAAACAUAAAACUAGGGUUAGUUGUAACCAGCCCCUUCCACUGGUCCCUGACGUGUGUGUGGUUAGUACGGGUCCUUUAUGACCACAGGGUUAAAUGUCAAUGCAAGUUCUUUCAAAAUGCUCCGUAAAAAGGCCCCUGACUUCAUAGGACAUAAGGGCUCCUGACACCAGAGUGGACCUGUGUGAACUCAAACCUCUGUAGCAUUUGUCAGUGUGGACACUUCUGUGUGAAAGUGUCAGGCCUGUGGGCAUUACUUCUGUCAGUGUGUCGUUGGAAAGAGGCCGACGAGGCGUGAAACUGUUGUGACGAUAUGUAACUAAAGUGUUUUUGAAAUGUGAAAUUUAAGACUUCGCCUGUUUGUUAGGUGAUAACUUGGAGAUAUUCGUUUAGCGAGUGCCAAUAGAGAAGCUGGUUCAACAUUUAGUUUGUUGAACUUCUUCACACCAAUGAACCGUUUUUGCACCUUUUUAUAGACCUCAAAAACAGAAGCAACUGUUUAGUGUAUACAUAUUGUAUACUAGCGGCAGAGUUGCAAAAGAAGUGUAUUUCUAACAGCAGUUUAAGCUACCAAGGUUUCUUAGUGGUUUUUAUACACUGAUCCAUGUGUCUUGUACAGAAUUUUAAGAUUUUUUUUUUUAUUUAUUGUUUGGUUGAAUCAAUGUUUUCUUUUACAAACUGAUCUUAAGUCGACCUUUGUAUUGCAUUAGUGUGUUUUGGAGUAAUUUGCAUGUGGAUGUUUCAGCAUAAAGGCACUUAUUAUUAAUAAAGACUGGCUUUGUACAAACUGAGAAGUACAACGGCACACUGUAAAGUAAACAUGUUCUAAUAUUGCACUG